AUUGGUCUCCCGAGUUGGUCAGUAGGCGCCUCUGAUUUGAUCUGCUCUGGCCUUGCCCGCGUUGAAUUGUUUCUUAAUGGUUGCUCGACCCUGCAGAAUUGGACAACAAAAAACAAGAAGCGACACCUUCUAUCUCACGGCACGCCGGACACAUUCUUGAGUCCGUCGUCCGACCGCUCCCGUUCGUCUCACUUUUCAAAACCGUUACCCCCGCCAACCGAAAAGCUGGAGCUACCGUCGAUUUCGCAGGUCCACACCCGAGGUCCUGUUGAUAUCCCUUGGUAUAACCACCACGCGGCAGAGCGACCCCUGUUGUCUGGCGACAAACUCCCGGCUCUCAGUCUGCCGACGGCCACGCAGGCCAUCUCGGGCCAGUCCUAUCGGACUAGCUACGAAGACGCGUCGGCCCUUGGUUCCAACAACACAAGCGCUCGAACAAGCUUAUCGGGAGCUGCGCCUGUGGUCAGCGAAGCUAGAAGCCCACCGCCGUCGUCUGCAGACCUCGCAGCAGGUGGUCAGGGCCGGCUUUCCUUGGAUUCUUCAGCUCCCCAAGACUACACCCUCCAACAAACCCCAGUUAGCGACAGCUACUAUCAGAGCCAGACCCCGAUUGGCAGCAUGAACCAAACACAGCCCUACAUCGAUGUCCACUCAUCGCAUAUAUCAUCCGCCCAGCCGUAUGCAUCUCACGCCGCAACUGCCGGGGGAAUCGCUCAUUACCCUCAAUACCACCAGCAGCCACCCGUCUUGCAGCCAGCAUCUACCACGUAUGGCCCGACCACCUCUUACUCCCAAUAUGCCUAUCCGAGCGGAGUAACGUCCUCCCAGGCAGGCCCACAACCUCCCACGACGUCAAUGAGCGGUGGCGUUCCAGCCCAGCUGUUACCACUACCAGCCGUCACGAACCACGCUGCAGCCCCUCCGGGUUACGGGAACACAACCGGCACCCCCUUGCAAGGAUUUAUUUAUGAUAUGACCGGCCAGGUAGCCCCACCAGGAGCGAAGCCGCGGGUUACUGCAACGUUGUGGGAGGAUGAGGGCAGUCUCUGUUACCAAGUCGAGGCCAAAGGUGUUUGCGUGGCUCGAAGGGAGGACAAUCAUAUGAUCAACGGUACGAAGCUUCUCAAUGUCGCAGGAAUGACUAGGGGUCGCCGGGAUGGUAUCUUGAAAAGCGAAAAGAUCCGUCAUGUUGUCAAGAUCGGCCCAAUGCAUCUGAAGGGCGUGUGGAUCCCCUUCGAGCGUGCCCUCGAAUUUGCCAACAAGGAGAAGAUCACGGACCUAUUGUAUCCUCUCUUUGUUCACAACAUCGGUGGCCUGCUGUACCACCCAACCAACCAGAGUCGGACGAAUAUGGUAGUGCAGGAGUCGCAACAACGGCGAUUGGAAGGCCCACAAGCUGCGCGAGCAUCUCAGGGGCCCCAGCCUCAGACUUUGCACCACCAUCAUUCCUUGCAAACCACGGUCCCUUCUCACAUGCCCCAACCCCACGCGAUGGCUUCUCAGGCCGGUGCUCGACCGGGGCUUGAUCGAGCUCACACGUUUCCCACACCCCCAGCCAGUGCCUCCAGCCUUAUCCCCAUCACUAAUCCCGGCAACUCUUAUGAUUGGAACAAUCAGGGGAUGAACUCUGGAGUCCCAAACUCUCAGCCGCUCUCCAUCGAUACGGCCCUGAGCAAUGCCCGGUCAAUGCCCACGACGCCCGCCACUACACCCCCGGGCACCAAUCUGCAGGGAAUGCAGUCAUUCCAAGGCCAGUCCGGAUAUGAGUCGAAACAAUACUACUCAGCUGCUCCACCAUCUCACCCUCAUUAUGCUUCCCAGCAGCCAUUGACCCAGGCAGGUAUGGCUUCAUAUGGACAGACGAUCCCAUCUCAUCCUUACAUUAAGAACGAAAUGGGGCCCCCGUCGAGUCGUACGCCUGGCGGCCAGCCAGAAACGGAGGCUCCUGAGGUGAAACAGGAACGUUACGCCCACAGUAACGGACAUGUUGGCAGCAACGGCGCCGAGUCUGUCGCAGAACACGAGCCGGAGUACGUGCAGCACGACAGUUCUGGAUACAACACCAACCGAGGCUCGUACACCUACACCACGAACACCUCGGUAGGCAGUUUGACCGGUGAUCACUCCCAGCUUACGCCUGAGAUCACGGGCUCCCCCACGCAGCAGAAUGGUUCCGGACGCAUGACGCCCCGUACAAGCGGUGGGCCUCCCCCUCCCUGGGCCUCCGGUUACAACACGCCUCCGCGUCCCGCAGCUGCCAGCAGCUUGUACAACAUCGUGAGCGACACCAGAGGGACUUCGGGCAACGGCACGGCCGCUGACAAUUACUCCGUCACAUCUAACUCUGCUCCUGGAUACUCGACAGGCAUGAACGGUUCCCUAGGUUCGACUAAGCGGAUGCGGGAAGACGACGACGUGGACCGAAUUCCCCGUCCCGACAGUCGGGGUACGGAAUACGAUAGCAAGCGUCGCAAGACGUUGAGCGAAACCUCCGUCGGUGGUCCAGUGGGUGGUGUACCUCUUGGACUGCAGCCCAUGAAGGCCGGCGGCGUCAUGGCUCGUCGUCGGUAG